UUACAUAGCUCGCAGUUAGUUUGCUCCGGUAACUCGCUCUGGUAGGUGAACACUCGAAAGUAUCUUACCUAGUUGUGGACCACCGCCCGUUAAAGUGAAUUAGUUAAUCAAGCGCAAAGAAACCGAUCCGGCCAAAAUCAUGGGGGCCAUGUUCCGCAGUGAGCAGAUGGACCUGGUCCAGCUGCUUAUCCAACCGGAGGCUGCGUACUCGUCGCUGGCAGAGCUUGGCGAACUCGGAAUUGCUCAGUUUCGUGAUCUAAACACCGAUAUAAAUGUUUUCCAACGCAAGUAUACCAGCGAGAUCAGAAGAUGCGAGGAGAUGGAACGCAAGAUCGGCUACAUCCGCCGUGAGUUGACCAAGGACGAGGUCGCCACGCCAGAUCUUUCGGACAACAUCCCUCGUACGCCCAACUCUCGGGAGAUUAUCGACCUGGAGGCUGCCCUCGAGAAGACCGAGAACGAGAUCAUCGAGCUGUCCGAGAAUAGCCAUGCUCUGCUGCAAAACUUCAUGGAACUUACUGAGCUGCGGAGCGUACUGGAGAAAACUCAGGGCUUUUUCUCCGACAAGUCAGCUGCGCAAAAUCUGGAGGCCACUGGAGGCGAUCCCGGCAGUGAGAACAAGCCGCUGGGAUUCGUUGCUGGAGUGAUCCCACGUGAGCGCAUUAUUGGCUUCGAGCGAAUGCUUUGGCGCGUAUCACGUGGUAACGUUUUCUUGCGUCAAGCACCCAUUGAUAAGCCAUUCACCGAUCCGCGCACGGGAGAUGAGAUCUACAAAAUUGUUUUUGUGGCUUUCUUCCAAGGAGAGCAACUGAAGAGUCGCGUCAAGAAAAUAUGCAGCGGCUACCAUGCUUCGCUGUACCCAUGCCCCAACGAAUACAAUGAGCGUUCCGAAAUGCUCCAGGGAGUGCGUACUCGCAUCGAAGACCUUAAUAUGGUCAUCAACCAAACGAAGGAUCAACGCCAACGCGUUCUUAUUAGCGUAUCCAAGGAAGUUCCCAAGUGGGAAAUCAUCGUCAAAAAGGUCAAAGCCAUCUACCACACGCUGAACAUGUUCAACGUCGAUGUAUCCAAGAAGUGUCUGUUCGGCGAAGCUUGGGUGCCAACAUCCAAUUUGCAGGAUGUAAAAAAUGCACUGAUUGCUGGCUCAUCAGCCGUUGGAAGCACGGUUCCGUCAUUCUUGAACGUGAUUUCAACCCAUGAGGCACCGCCAACGUUCAACCGGACCAAUAAGUUUACCCAAGGAUUCCAAAAUUUGAUUGAAUCGUACGGAGUUGCUUCAUACCGUGAGGCCAAUCCAGCGCUGUAUACCAUCAUCACGUUCCCAUUCUUGUUUGCAAUUAUGUUCGGCGAUUUGGGACACGGAUUGAUUUUACUACUUCUUGGCCUUUGGAUGGUUUUGUGGGAGAAAACGUUGGCCAAGAAUAAGGAUGAAAUUUGGCAGCUAUUCUUUGGUGGUCGUUACAUCAUUCUGCUGAUGGGCAUCUUUUCGAUGUAUACUGGUUUCGUCUACAACGAUAUUUUCUCUAAGACCAUGAACAUUUUCGGAUCAUCGUGGCAGAUCAAUUACAACACUUCGACCGUCAUGGAAAACAAAGAUCUUCAACUGAAUCCCGGAGAAGACUAUUCUGAGACCGUUUAUUGGUACGGAUUGGACCCUGCUUGGAUGUUGGCAUCGAACAAGAUUAUCUUCUUGAACUCAUUCAAGAUGAAGCUUUCGAUUAUUUUUGGAGUCGUUCACAUGAUCUUCGGUGUCUGCAUGAGCGUUGUUAAUAACAUGCACUUCAAAAAGAAGAUCAACAUUCUACUGGACUUUGUCCCACAGCUCUUGUUUUUGGUUCUGCUGUUCUUGUACAUGUGCUUCAUGAUGUUCUAUAAGUGGAUUCAGUAUACAGCUGUUACUGAGGAGGACCAUUUGAAACCAGGUUGUGCUCCAUCAGUCCUGAUUAUGUUCAUCAAUAUGAUGUUAUUCAAGCGACAGGAACCGUUGGAAACCUGCAAGGAGUUCAUGUUCGAGGGGCAACAAACCAUUCAAAUGGUGUUCAUAUUUAUAUCACUUCUUUGUAUUCCUUGGCUUCUGCUUGCCAAACCGUUGUACAUCAAGUUCACCAGAAAGAACCAUGGUGUUGGGGAUCACGUUGCCUCAAGCGGUCAUGGAGAUCAUGACGAUGAGCCAAUGAGUGAAAUUUUCAUCCAUCAAGCAAUCCAUUGCAUUGAGUACAUUCUUAGUACUAUCUCUCACACCGCUUCGUAUUUGCGUCUGUGGGCUCUUUCGCUGGCUCAUGCUCAGCUUUCUGAAGUAUUGUACAGCAUGGUUUUCACCAUUGGAUUGAAAUCCACGGGCUACACCGGGGCAAUCAUGAUUUAUGUGGUCUUCUGGCCGUGGGCAGUUCUGACCAUUGGCAUUCUUGUGGGCAUGGAAGGCUUAUCUGCUUUCCUCCACACACUUCGUCUUCACUGGGUGGAGUUCAUGAGCAAGUUCUACGAAGGCUUGGGCUAUCCCUUCCAACCAUUCUCCUUCAAGGCCAUUUUGGAUGCUGAAAACGAAGAAAAAUAACAUAUUCUACGAGUAGGUAUGUUGACUUAAGCAUAAAUUGCAAUACUUUCAACGUAUAGUAAUAAAAUUAGCUGCAAAUA